GAUUCCAGGAAAUCAAAAGGUCUAUCGAUAUCGAUGACUGCAAAUCGACGCGCACAAAAUAUAGGCAAAUACGAAUUUAUUUAAAGCAUAUUCUUAAAGAUUGGUUCACCGUUAAUCCCCCAACGACGCCCCCAAAAUGGCGGAUCAUAAGUACAAGCUCUUCAAUGCGGUCGAUCCGAGCAAAGUAAAAGUUCCCUUCAAUCAAAAGUUCGCCAAUUUGACGCUAUCCUCCCAUAAAAAACGACAGCAGGUGUCCCAUGUGCCAAAGGAUCAGCCAGAAAAGAGGAAUUCCCGGGAAAUAAGGAAUAAGGAACUGUCAGCAGAUCCCAUGCGUGAAAAUGUGGGUGCUCCGCCCUGCGGAGCAAAUACGGAACUCGACAAUUCCGAUUACAUGGAAGCCUUGCAGUUGAGCGCCGACGGCUGCAGCCAGAAUGUAGACGAUGUGGGCGAUGUAGAGAUACUGUCCGCCGGCAUUAGCAAUUUGAAAGUGCAGUCGACCAAGCCGGAGAUCUCUAUUUGCAUUUCUUCCACCACUGAAGAGAACAUAUCCGGCGACGACGACGCCGCCUCCUGCAUCACCAUAUCCGAUUCUAGUGAGGAUGAGGAAGAACCCUUGCCGCCCGAUAGCAUGACAGUGAGCGAACGGGAAAGUGUACCUAAUCCCGGUCAGGAAAACAUACCACCGCCCAUGCUCACAACCGAAAAAGUGCAGCGUAUCGAGGCUUUUCUGCGCGAUGUGUCCAUCGAGCGACACGAGAUGGAGUGCAAUGGCCCAUUGACACCACCCCCCCUCUUAUCUAGCAAGCGGCAAUCCCGUCUAGCUGAGGCAGAAACCGAAUCCAUGUCGCCCACCGACGAGGACUGGCAACCACCCGUUACCAGGCCGAUUUACAAUAGCACACAACUGGCGAACGACGAUACGCAGGUGAAUACCAUCUGCUCAGCAGAUGUCACUCGAUUGGAUAGCAGCAAGCGAUUGGCAGACGACGAAACAGAGGCGAAUACUCUCGGAUCGGAGGAUCUUGAGCCCACAGACAGCAGCAAGCGUUUAGCAGGCAAUGACACCGAACUCAAUACCCUGUGUUCAGAUAACUCUGGGACUCAUGACCAGACGAUCCACGACAAGGAGCCACUUCCUGAUGAAUCAAUUGAAAUACCGGAAACAAGCAGCGAGGGCGAGCCUACGCCGCAAAGGGCUAGCUCUGGUUCAUCGACAUCGGAAGAGGAUGAUGAACACGAUUCAAUUCAAGUCAGCAAUAUUAAUAUUUCAGCAAAGAUCAACAUUAAAAUCAGCAUUCCCACUAUGGAGUCGAGUUCGGCGGAGGACGAGGAUGAGCAUUACUCUUUGCCGAGGACCACAAAGUCCCUGCUCAACUCUGAGGAGGUGCAACACCAAGAGCACCAUCAGCAAGAGUGUCAGAAAGCAGCCCACCAAAAAUCCAUGGUGUCUGUGGAUAGUGCUUCCGAGGAUGAGCAGUUUCUCACCCACGCAGAAAAGCUGCUCAAUCAAUUGUAUGGCAAGUCUUGGCAAACACCAGAUGUUAUUCGUACUCUAAAGCGUUCCAGUGGUAGUGGGGGAAAGAAGGAUCCCCCGAGGCCCAUGACCACCGCUAAAAAGAAGCAGCCUAGGCCAGACGAAAGUGUUCUCGGGGACUUUAGCAUAUUUACCAGAGCCCUGCGCUCAAAUCAGACGCCUUUAAACUCGACUCGCCUGCCUCCCGUUCGCGCUGUCCAAACAGAGAGACGUCCGCGUACUCAAAAGCCAUUGACACGACCGCGCACCAAUCAUGUGGACGAGGAUCGCUGGCGCAAGCUUAUAGAUUCCGACAGCGGAACAGACGCCUCCGACGAUGAGGAUGCAGAUGCCACUUUCAGUGAAAGCGGUAGUGAUAGCGACAGUGCUUCAGGCAAGGAAAACAAGCAAAAUGGUGGCGACCUUACUUAUCUGGACUUGACCAAAGACGAGGUGGAGGUGGUCAGCAAUCCUGACCAGGAUGCGCCGUCGCCAAAAUUGCAUCGUCGCCUGGACGAUAUACUGCGCUCCUGUCGCGCCAGCGUUAAGGCGAAAGUGCCUGUCACGCCUGCGCCCAAGACAAACAUUCGUCGUCAACUUUUUACGCCUAACACUGGAUUCGAGAGCGAUAUUCAAGCUAAAGAGAUAGUGGACAGGGCGUUGAACUUGGACAUGCUGGAAGAACUAGAGAACGACUACCUACCAGGUAGUCUAGUCUACAGGCGAGUGCAGGAGGUAAAAAAGCAGCUUGGCAUUGGGCAGCAAGGUCAGGCAACGCCUCAGCAAAGCUCGGUUCUCAAGUUGCUUACGCCGAAAACGGCUCCGCCUAAAACCACUGCACCGCUCGAAACAAUCGCCACGCCAAAACCUACUGAUCCGCCGAAAUCUACAGCUCGCAAACCUAGGAAGAAGAAAGAGCUCUUACCUCUUACGACCGAUGGCAAGUGCGGCUUCCUGAAAUCCCUGGAAAAACAAGUGACCCGCGAUAGGGCGGAUAACGAGGCCUACAUCUAUCGGGAAAACUUCGCAAGGCAUAAGGAUCAGCUGACCCAGCACCUGUACAAGAUGUUUAAUGCACAGGUAUUCAAUAACGAGCUGGAUGUGCCCAUCACCUGGUCCAAAUUGCUGCGCAACACUGCCGGGCGGUGCAUGAACAAGCGCAAACUAAACCAGCGUAGCAGUGUGGUGGAACUGAGCGUCAAAGUGCUGACUACCGCGGACCGCCUGCGUUGCACCUUGAUACACGAACUCUGCCAUGCUGCGGCCUGGGUGUUCAAUGGCGAGGGUGGACACGGUCGGGUGUGGAAGAUGUGGGCCCAAAGAGCCAACGAUAAGUUUCCCGAUCUACCACAGAUUAAGGUCUGUCACAACUAUAGCAUUGAUUUCAAGUAUACUUACAAGUGCCUAAGCUGUGACAAAGCUUCACACGCUCAUUCCCGAUCCCGCAAGGUGGAGGAUUUACGCUGCAGAAUCUGUCGGGGACCCAUCACACUGUUCCUGAACAAAAAGGACAAGCACGGAAACACCGUAUCCACGCCAGCGGGCGAGGCAAAGGGAUUUGCUAAGUUCGUUAAGGACAACUUUCAGAAGCACAAGCGUGACAACAUGACCGCCGCCCAGGUGAUGCGCAUUCUAAGCGUGGAGUACGCCAAGCAUAAAGGUCAGCCGGCGGCGGAGACAGCGGCGUCGAUCGCCAGCCGAGUGGAAACAUUGACACUGGACGAUUAGUCCAACUAGCAGGGAAUUAGAGACAAGAGGCUGGGUUCUCAUUGAAGUUUUUGCUUUCUCCUGUUAAUGGUGUUGUAAACCAUAAAUCAUUAUAUUUAUAUCAUAGACAAUUUGAAAAACUUAAGUGAGAUCUCAGUUCAUGCGAAGUCGAUACUUGUAUAUUUUGUUUAAUAUAUUUUUUCUUAACCAAGAAACAAGGUUUCCAUUAAAGUUUAAGGGAGAUUUGAAACCCAGUGUUCUGUAGCUCGUUUUUACAUAGCCGGUGCCGGCUGUCGGUGUUGGUAAAGGUAAAGCUUUGACUCAUUACUUUAUACAGUGAAAGAGUUUGUUUGUUCAAGAGUUAAUAUAUGCCUAGUACAACUUACGAAAUAAAUGUUUUGCACAA